UCAGUGGCAGCCCUGGUGGCCCAGUGGCUACGUGUCGGCCUGCUAAUCUCAAGAUCAGCUGCUCCAAAGGAGAGAGCAUCAGCUUCUCCAUUUUGGGAUGAUCUACAUGGCGCCUCGGCUGUAACCAUGGUGACGCGGGUCCAGGUGGGGUCCCUGACAUCCCAGACUGGAGUGCCAGGCCUCACUGAGAUCACCAAGGAGGCGACUCUGAAGAGGACCUACUUCUGCCAGACAGAGGACUCCCCAGGGGCUCCCUCGGCCAGGCAUUUGGAGGGGAAAAGCCCCUUCAGGAGCCCAGGUCACUUGUUCCCACUGCCGAGACUUGCCCCCAAACCCUUCUCCAAGGAAAAGGCCCCUGAUGUGUCUCUGAGGCCUGGUCUGAGCAGGCCAUCUUCCUCCGGUGGCCCCUGCGAGGGCGUGGGGGCGCAGGCUGUGGACGCGAGGAUGUCCAUGUUGGUGGGCCAGGAGGGUCCGAGGAGUUCUGCUCUGUUCCACAAGGCCACCUUCCUGCGGCCCAGCCCCAGCGCCAUGGCUCGCUGUGAAACCUCCCCAACCAGGCCCACUCUGGGAAAGGAGAGGGCUGCGGGGUCCCAGGAGCUCCCUGCUGGCUCCCCGCCUGAGGUGGCUGCCAAGCCGGCCCUGCCGCCCAGAAAGCCCAUGGGGGCCCUGCCCCGAUCCACUCCCCAGUCAGAGGAGACAAGGCCAGCUGUGACCCCAGAGGCCAGGGGCCCCAAGGAGCCGCUUUGGAAGGCCAGCAGCGUGGAGGAGGCCAGACCUCGCCUGAACAGAAGGCCUCUGUCGGCCAUCUUCCUGGAGUCAGCCCAAGGUGGCGCAGUCUUACUGGGGAGGCCUCCGCCCGCCUCUCCCGAGAAGACGUGGGCGAGGAAGCCCCGGCCCCUGUCCGUGGAACUCACAGCCCCCUUUGAGAGCAGAGGGGGCUUGCUUCACAAGGUGGCCAGCGGUGGAAAUGGGACUCCAGUUGGUCCCGCCUCCUGGAAUCGGGGAACCGACAGGCCCAUCCUGGAGGCGAGCACGGACAUAGGAACACGUUCAGCCAAAGCAGAGAGUCCCCUUCGUGAGGAGGGUUCAGAUUUCCUGGAGGUGACCCCGCGAACCCGGGACCAGAAGGAGAGGAUGCUGUUUAAGGCGGUGGAGACAGGCACCCCCAGGACCCCGGGGGGCUCAGCCCAAGUGGUCCCCAAAGACAACCAGGAGCUUUUCAGGGAGAAAGCCAAACUGGACAGGGAGCCCAAGGAGGCGCCCGAGUCCCCUUCUCCUGGGCCUGGAAAGGAUCGAGAACCUACGGGGAGCCAGAGCCAAGUGGCCAAUGGGGUCACCCUGGAGCGGGGACAUGGGCCCUCCAGGGGACGCAUCAAGAAACAUAGCAGCAGCCUGUCUGAGGAGGAAAGUACUUUGGCCUUGGCAGUGGGGUCUGCAGUCCCCCUGGCUCCCCCUGAGACCCCCUCAGCCCCCCCUGAACCCAUGAGGGGAGGUCUGAGUGUCCAGAAGCAGAUCAAAGGCUGGGGGGCUGAGAGUGUGGAGGCCAAGCCGGAGGCCAGGAGGAGUGUGUUUCCGGUGCGGCCACUGUCAGUCGAUCUGACCAAACUGUUUUCAAGUGCUGCAUCCAGCCAUGACGUCCAGUAUGAGAAGUGUCCUGAGCCAAGUACAGAGCCUCCGAAGGACUCCAGAGCACAGAAGGAAGGGCAUAAUGUGGAUGAAUCAUCAGCCCCCAGGACUCCCCGGAAGCAAGGGCCACUCCGGGAGAAAGCCGGACAGCCGGAGCAGAGGGAUGGCUCUAACCAAGGCCCCAACGGCUGUCCGCUGGGAGGCACAGUGGCAGUGGAGUCCCUGUGUACUGGUGGCAUCACUGUGGAAGAUGGCGGAAGCUUCCAGAAAGUGUGGGCCACCAUGUUUGAGCAUCACGUUGAAAGGCACAGUGUGGGUGGGCAGGCGAGAUGCUGCCCCUCAGCCACAGUCCUGGGCGAUGCACCUGACACCCACGCCACAGGGGGCAGGCCCAAGCCCGACAGAGGCUCUUGGCUGGGCACGGUCUCACCUGGAAAGACAACCCCCAAGAAAGACAACGCGGGGCAGCUCGAGAGGCCCAAGGUGGAGAAACUGGGACGGACUGACCUUUCAAAUAGUAAGCUGACGCGGGACCUUCCAGAGCAAUCUCCUCAGGGGGAGAGGUGUAAUAACACCUUCUGUAAGCCCUUGGAGAACCUGCCCACAUCGCAGAGGGUUGAGCCGAGGCUUGAUGUGGCGCACACCGUGGGUGAGCGCGCCCAUAGUGAGGCUGUCCCCACGGCUCCCGAGGAGAAGGCUGUGAGCCUCCGGAGAGGCACGGGUCAUCUUGUGCUGGAGAGGCGGCUGUCGCUCCAGGUGCCCCCUGUUGCCCCAGAAGGCAGUGUGGAAGGUCCACCUGUGUCCGUUCAAAGGGCCACCUUGAUCUGGGAAGCUCGAAGCACCCAUGGGGCCACGGGACUGAGGCCUGAUGUCCGAGAAUCAAAGGAUGCGCAUAGGCAAAGUUGCUCACCACCCAAGUGCACAGAAGGGGUUUCAGUGAUCUGCAACAAUGCUGCCCUGCUGGGCAGUGAGGAGGGAGCCUCGGCCAGGGCCUGCCUGCCGGAGGCCUCCACUGUGAGGGUGGCCAAGGCCAGCGUCCAUGAGGUCCAACCUAGGGGCCAAGAAGGAACCAGAAACCAGUUGGGAAGCGACUGUGUCUCCAGGGAAGAGAGUGGUCCACCCCGGGGCUGCCCUCGAGACCCUCCUUCCUGGGCUCAGGACAAGCUCUUUGACAUUCCAGCAAAGGCAGGUCCAGGCUCGUCACCCUUGCAGAAGGGGCCUCUAAUCACGGCCACCGGCAACAGCAGCAGUGACCCCAGGGACCUGGAAGCGAGGGUGCAGAAAACGAGUAACUCGGACCAGAGAAUGGAGAGGUGGCGGCGUCGGACUUUGCCGCAUGAUGUGAAGUUUGAGGAGUUCAGCUUCCUGGCUUCAGAACCCUCUACAAAGGGGGGGCCGAGGCAGGCUGGGUCGGUGGCCUCCAAAGCUGGUGCCCUGAGGAAUCCUCCGCUGUCCCACGAUGGGCUGAGUGCCCAAGACGUGAGCCCAGGCAUGUCAGCCGGCCAAACGCUUCCCCUGGGAAAGCCAAGGUCUCCCGUGGAACCGAAGGCCACCUUCUUUGCAGUCACGUAUCAGAUUCCUGAUGACCACAAAGCCAAGAGUGUUGUGAAGCCGGGGCUGGAAAAUGUGACGGACUAUCCAAGCAAAGCCCCUCGGCCGCUGUCAUCUCAUCCUGUCGUGUCCACUUCAGCUUCUCUUCACCACCAAGAGCAUCGGGAGCCUCUGGGCAGCGAGAAAUGGACCAAGGGCAGGCAGAGUGAGAGUGCUGGCCUUUCAAAGAACUGGAAGCCAGGUGAGCGUCGACCUCCUCCUCUGGGGGAUAAGGUUCCGGAUCCCUCCAUCAUUGAUGUCGACGCUUUCCGGCUUUACCAGGGCUCGGCAGGUGGCGCCACUGGUUUCCAGAAUGACAGGAAGGACGGUGGGAAUGAGCUGGCCUCCAGCGACACUCUCCAAACCACCCCAGCUUUCCAAAGGCACUCGAAAGCCGGCCACCUUGUCCGACGGAAGACCGUUGUGGUCAGCGAGACAUUCCUAGGCCAAAUCAAAGAUGGCUACCGAUCCACUGUCCUGGACAUUGAUGCUUUGAUGGCCGAGUACAGGGAGCAGGCGGCGCGAGGCCCAGGAGAGGUACAGGAGCGGGAAGAGAAACCCGUGGCUGACGUCAGCAGCUCGUCCCCGUGGAGCCGGGGCCAUCGAGGGGGGUUGGAGCGGGGUGAGAAGAGUCCAAAGGGGACACCCCAGACAGAGAGGGUUUGGCAACAGGCCAGGCUGACGGAGAGAGACCACAAUCCCAUUAAGCAGCCGGCUGAUAGCCUGGACUGGGCCCCCAACACUAAAUUUAGCCCUCCCCUCUGGUCUUUGCCUGACCCCGCUCCUGAAACACCCAUACGGACCUUGCCCAAACCCGGGGCCCCCAGGAAACGCGCCACAGGAAUCUCUGGGGAGAAGAAAGUCUUCGCUAGUCGGCACCAUAGCACCACGUGUCCAAGCCACCCAGCCGAUUCCAAGGCCUCUGGUCAGAACGAGCUGGUCAGGGGACCGAAGGAACUGGCCAGGUCACCCCCUGCUGACCGGAAGAGAGGGACCCUGAGGAGAUCUGUUGGGAGGGGGGAUGAGGGCAACAGUGGGGCCCAGUGGAGGGACCCCCAGAGGACCAGCAGGAGGUCACCACUGGAUGUCAAGCGGGCCUUUUCGGAGAAGGGUGCCCCCACCCAAAUCCAAGAGGGCCUGUGCAUCCUGGAGGCAGCCCGAGAGAGGAGACGUGAGGAGAUGGAAGAGAGGCCCGGUGGCCCCAGGGGCAGUCUGAAGGCCCAGGAGACCAGAGUGGAGCCCUGGAAGCGGGAGGCGGGGACCCAGGGCGGCCACAAGGACCAGCUGAAGCAGUGCUUUUCCCGGCGGCCACCUGAGGCCAAGGACACUGACACCCUCGUGCAAGAGGCUGAUACUCGAUAUGGGACCUGGACAGAACAGUGCCAGAGUGGGGAGAGCUUGGCUCCUGAGUCCCCAUCUCCAGACAGCAGUGCUACAUCCACAUGGAAGCAGCCACCCAGCAGCCACUUGUCCUCCUUGUCAUCCCAGACAGAGGCUCCCUCAGCCAGGGACCUAAAUGAUGGCUCUAGGGGCCAGCAGAGUACCAGUGUGGACCACUCUAGCACCGACCUGGACUCCACUGAUGGGCAGGAGAGGCCAUCCCUGCUGGACACCUGCCCACCCCAGAGAGUAGAUGAUUUCUCUUUUAUUGAUCACACCUCAGUCCUCGACUCAAGUGUUCUCAAGACCCGGGUGCAGCUCAGCAAGAGAAGCCGUCGCCGGGCCCCCAUCUCUCACUCCCUGCGACGCAGCAGGCUCAGCGAGUCAGAGAGCAGAUCCCCUCUGGAGGAGGAGGUAGACAGCACAUGGAUGUUCAAGGACUCAACAGAAGAGAAAUCCCCCAGGAGAGAUGAGGAGGAAGAGGAAGAGGAAGAAGAGGAACCACCCAGGACUGAGAAGACAUCUGUCAGCCACCUGCAAAGGAUGCCAGCCUUCCUGGGCAUGGACCCGGCAGUGCUCAAGGCUCAACUACACAAGCGACAGGAGGUGGACAGCACUGGCAAGAGCUUGCCUUGCACCCCCCAGCUCAAGAUGCCCAAGUCCCCAUUCCAGCCUGGGGUGCUUGGUAGCCGCGUCCUGCCCUCUAGUGCUGACAAGGACGAGAGAUUGGAAGAGGCCUCCCUGCAGUGGCUGAAGGAGCUAAAGUCCAAGAAGAGGCAGAGCCUGUAUGAGAAUCAAGCUUGAUAAGGUCAGGGACAUCGCCCUCACCUAAUCCACAGAAGCCUUAACUGUUGGACCCUGAAGAUGAUACCAUGCAUCAGUCCCUUCCUGCAUACUGGUCGUGUGCUGGGGCCUACUGGCAGGGUGGAGGCCACUGUCCAGUGUCCCCCGCCCCCCACAGGAGCAGGGGAAGAGGACACUGUUCUGCAGCACAGCUUCAGGCCGGAAUAAAGCCCCGUUGCCAGAAAUGGCCCUGAUGGAGAUGUGGGUUUGGGGUACAGUGAUGGGCAUUUCAAUUCCACACUCCAACACCUUCACCGGCUGCAGGACCUGUGGGAAGCCAAGCGUUUUCCUGGGUUCUUUUAAAGAUACCCCUUCUUACCUACCCCACCCACACCCCCACUCCAGGACUGGCCUUUCUUGGAAGGAUGGUUCCCUAAGCCCCUCUCCGCCCGUGCAUGGGCACACCCGAUUGCUAAGCACCCCUCCUUCUGCUGGGCAUGGCCAUCCUCACCAAGGCCUGUCUACUUCGCUGUGUCCAUCUCCUUGGCUUGUCUCAGAAGGCCACAAAACCCAGCCCAUGUGCUUGAAUUCGUGACACUGUUUUGCUGUUCAGCAAUGGCAGGAGAGAGGGAUGUGUGUGUGUGUGUGUGUGUGUGUUGUUGUUGUUGUUGUUGUUUUGAGGCCUCUAGUCUCCCAGAUGGUCCAGCUUUUAACCCAUGGUUUGACUGGACCCUAGAGAGCAGACCUCCACCUCUACCACUCACAUGCUCAACCCUUCCACCCUGCCCCCUCCGAGAAUGGCUCUUGUUCUUCAGCUCUGUUCUGGGCACCACCUGGGCUGCUGGUGAAGAGGGUCUUCAUGUGAGUGGACGCAUCCAUGGGGGACUUUGUUUCAUUUCCUCUCUCCCACCCCAGCUCCACCCAACCAAAUGCUUCUCUAUCCCCCACCCACCAACUCCACCCAACCAAAUG